CGGCUCCUCCCCCGUGGACUAGCAGGCCUCUCUCUGGUCCUCUCUCGCUGCUUUUCUUCCCGCGGACCCUGCUCCGUGUCUCCUACAUCUGGCGCACGGCUGUGCAGCUGCGCGUGCUUUUCCGUGGUGCGGUGCUUCCCGCGACUCCGAGCUUUCUUCCGGGGCCACCCAGACUGCAUACGGCGUGGACUGCGCCCAGCGCUAAGUUUUCUUGACCCAAAGCCAGUGGACGUGUAGGUGACAGCAGUCCCGGAGGUCGCCAAAGUCGGGGGCACCAUGGAGGAGGCCCCUGUGCGGGAGGAGGAGGACGGGGAGGACGACGAAGGCGCCCUGGCCAAGAGUCCCCUGCAGCUGACCACCGACGACGUGUACGACAUCUCCUACGAGGUGGGCCGCGAGCUGAUGGCCCUGGGCAGCGACCCCCGCGUCACCCGGCUGCAAUUCAAGAUCGUACGUGUGAUGGAGAUGCUGGAGGCGCUGGUGAACGAGGGCAGCCUGGUGGCCGAGGAGCUGAGGAUGGAGAGGGACAACCUCAGGCAGGAGGUGGAGGGGCUGCGGAGAGCCGGUGUAUCCGGAGGCCAGGUGAACCUUGGACCGGACAAAAUGGUAGUGGAUCUGACCGACCCCAACAGGCCCCGCUUCACUCUGCAGGAGCUGAGGGACGUGCUGCAGGAGCGCAAUAAACUCAAGUCGCAGCUGUUGCUGGUGCAGGAAGAACUGCAGUGCUACAGGAGUGGCCUGCUUCCAUCCAGAGAAGCUCCAGGAGGAAGAAGAAGAGAGAAGGAUGCUGUGGUUACCAUGGGCACCAGAGAGAAGGAAGAAAGGACCAUCAUGAAGAAGCUGUUUUUUUUCCGGUCAGGGAAGCACACCUAGAUUGAAGGUCAUGACCAAGGUGGUGACACCCUCUGACUUGAGAAGACAAUUGCCAAGAUGUCUUCUGGAAUGCUCUGGGCUGGUGCACUCGUUCCCCCCUCAGAGUAGUCAAAGGAAGAUGUUCUCUGCUCACUUGCUCCUUGGGGACAGACCUGGACACCCAUCACGCUUUGGCCAGGACAAGUGAGGUAACACCAAGAAUUUCAGAAAGUAAAGGAGCACAGGGCACAGCCACAUCGAGCUUCCACUGAUGGAGAAGACUCUGGCCUAUUCCAGCCUCUGAGAUAGUCUGGUCAUUAACAUGUGGGAAAACACGGAAUUGACUUUGCUGAUACUCGGUGAAUACAUGAUUUUUCUCAUGCAACUUUAUAUGACUUUUGUAUUAAAUAAAAUGGCCUUUAUACUUUGUA